AUGAACUAAGAUUACCUAGAAAACAGAUAGCAAGUUCUAUGUCUCAAAUAUCAACCUACAAGUACAAGCAAUUAUCGUAAUCAAAUUGUUUGGCAACCUUAAAAUGAUAAUCUGAAUAGUACAUUACUUUUGGCCCAAAGAAUAUUCAGAGAAUAUAAGUAAAGUAUUGAUUGGAUCUAUUGACUCUAUAGAUAAGUUUUAGGUUCGAAAGGUUUCUAUUAUUCAAUAACAAUAAUAAUAAGAUAAAGAAAUAGAUCAAAAAAAGUAGAAGACAACAAUAAAUGACUCAAAGAGAUUUCAUAUGUAUAGUAAUCCUAAAAACAGAAAGAUUAAGCAAUUGAAUUCUACUGCUAAUAAUUCUUUCUAUUCAAAGAAAAGCACAGAAAAACAGUAAUAAUAAUAAUCACCAGUCAAACCUAAGACUGCUAUUGCUAGACCUAAAAGAAUGUUACCUUAAUAAAUUUCUAUUGCUCCAAUGGAUAUUCCAUUUGUGUCUGCAUAAAGUUGGUGUAUCUUUAAUGGAAAGAAUGGACAAUUAAUGAGUGGUUAUAAUCAAUAUAAAAGCAGAUAAAUGGCUUCAAUCACUAAAAUAAUGACUUGUUGGUUAGCACUAAAACUCACGCAGUAAUUUAAUUUAGACCUUGAUAAUACAUAUUUCACAGUACCUGAAAAAGUAGUUCAUAGCAUAAAUAUAGGCAGAAAGAAUUGGAGGAACAUCAGCUCAACUCUAAAGUGGUGAUAAACUUACCAUUAGAGAUCUACUUUAUGGUCUAAUGUUACCGUCUGGCAAUGAUGCUGCUAUCUCCCUACAACAUAAUUUUGAACUUAAUAAAGGUUGUGAUUUUAUUUAACAAAUGAAUCAAAAUGCAUAAGAUAUUGGAAUGGAAUUAACAUCCUAUGCUAAUCCACAUGGUAAAUAUGCUUCUUUAAUAAAAAAAGGUUUGUAUCAUGAAUCCAAUUAUUCUUCAGCAUAUGAUAUUGGUAUCUUGACUUAUCAUGCCUUGUAAAAUCUAUAAUUUGCAAGCAUUGUCAAAACCAAAAUCUAUUUUAGUGAAAUUGAAGAUAAAUUUGGUGAAUCCAAAGAAAUCUUUUGGGAAAAUACAAAUAAAAUGUUAUAUUAAGGAUUUAGAGGAGUUAAGACUGGUAUAACUAAAGAAGCUGGUCCAUGUGUUGUUGAAUAUUACGAAGACAAUUAAAAUUCUUUUAUAAUUGUACUUUUAAAUUGUAGAUCAGUUGAUCAUAGAUGGUAGGAUGCCAUCAAAUUAUUAGAUUGGGCUAGAUCAUGA